AUGACUAGCUCCACCUUUCUUAUCGCACUCGAUGUCGGGCUUAGCAACCCUGUGGCUGGGAAGUCUUUCGGAGACAUCAUAUCCCAGGGAGAGGUUCUCGGCAUCUCACUGGAUGGCAAGCAAGUCUCCACCAUUCUGAGCGACAGCCAUUUUCUCUCCUUACCCGAUGGUGUCAUAUACCAUCCAGCCAACCAACGACUCUACAUGACCAACAUGGGAGUCCCUCCUCUGAACGAUGGAAGUGUCAUUUCGACUCGUUUGGAUGGUACAGACCUGCAGAUCAUCUUGUCCAAGGGCCAGAUCCACACUCCGAAGCAAAUUGCUCUUGAUAAAGAUAACGAGAAGCUAUACAUAUCGGAUCGCGAGGGCCUCAGGGUUAUGCGUUGUAACCUCGAUGGAUCGGGUCUUGAGACCUUGAUCCAAACAGGAGACUACAGAACCCCUUCCGACGCUUCCGAUAGCACAAAAUGGUGCGUUGGUAUUGCUGUCUCACCUAAGCGUAAUGCUUUUUACUGGACGCAAAAGGGUCCUUCCAAGGGUGCGCAAGGGAGGAUUUUCUGUUCGCGCAUUGAGUUUGAGGGAGAGCGGCAAACGAUCUGUCUCCUUGAUCAUCUUGCAGAGCCAAUCGAUCUUGAGAUCGAUCAAGAGUCCAACACCCUCUAUUGGACAGACCGCGGAGAGUUGCCUUAUGGCAACACUUUUAACAGGGUGCAGCUAGAUGAGAGCGGACUCGGGCUAAAGAAAGAGGCAGCAGAUGAUCACACUGGCCUAAAGCAUGAGAUUCUUGUGCAGAAUUUUGAUGAGGCUAUUGGACUGGCCCGUAACCCAGAGGAUGGCAGAUGGUUCGUGUCGGACAUGGGCGGUACGGUAUGGUCAUUCGAUUCCGAUGGCGGUAACAAAUCUGUGGUUUUCCAGGACAAACGCCGGUCCUUCACCGGUAUUGCUCUUGCUAGGGAGUAA